GUCUUUACCUUAAAGAACGGAAAGCCUUUUUCUUUUAAGUGCUUUCUGUACGCUGCAAAGCCACUAUCAAUAAUAAAUCAUGUCAAAUUCUAUCACAAGCACUAACUAAUGUGAAUCCACAAAACCGAUAUAGCAGUAUAGCACCACAAAUAUAAAUCACUCUCUCUCCUCUCUGAAUUGAUGAAUGAAUUUCAAACAUGGGUGUCUUCUACAAUGAAGAGCAACAACCAAAUCACCAACACCAAUCCAAGAGAUGCAAAUGUAUGGUAGAAACUCUGAAGGAAUUGUUUUCUCUUUGCCAGACUUUUGGUGGAAGGCUUUCAAAUGCAAGCCUUGAAGAAGAGUAUCCAAUGAGCGACAUCGAAGAGGAACUCGAAGUGGUUAUGUCAGCAAUUAUAAGCGGAGUCAUGGAAAAACAGAAGCAGAAGCCGAACGUGUUGAGACACAGCUUUUCUUGGGUGUACACUCCUGUAACAAAUGAACUGAAGUAUAUGACUCAGGAAAUGGCAGCACCAUCACAAGAAAGGGUGGUGAUGGUGGUGGAGGGGGAUGAUAAUCAAGAACAGUACAAACAAAGUGAAGAAUUCUUUUCUGUUAAGAGCUGUUUCUCGUGCUGUGGUGGGAGUUCUGUGAUGAGUGGUGGAGAAGCAUUCUAUUCAGUGAAGACAAGCCUUUCUCGUUGUUCAAGCUUGAAGGACGUUGUUGACGUGUCAAAAUUCUGGAGGCGUUCGGUGAUUCAGGAGUUUUGUCACUGUGAGGGAUGGCCUUUUGGUCUGUGCCGCAGAGCUGUGUUGCUUCCGCCAUUGCCCAAGUCACCUUCUGAGUCAUGGUUAUCCCGUAAAUUAAGAACAAGCAAUAAUAAGAAAUUAAACCCUGAAUUUUAAUAUUCUUGUUUCUUUCAUCUUAUUUCAAGGAACUGCAUGUGAGAUAGUGGCAACCAGUUCAACAUUAUUCAUGUGGAAUAAACUCUCGUAUUAUGGAGCGUCAAAUCUCCAUGUCA